AUGAAGGUUACACCUGUUGCCACGCCAGUCACCACUACCACCGCCACCACCGCAUCUCUCAAACCCUCCCCUGUGGUUAUGACAACCCAGCAUCCUACAGUUCAGUCGUCAAAGACAUCUGCAGCUCAAUCAUCGACCUCGGAGCCCUACCCGAUCACCAUUCUGUCGUCAAGACGCUCAAAAUCAGGAGCUUCCUCCUCUUGGACCCCACUACUAUCCCCUACAGCAGAUAUGAAGAUGGCACCUUCGAUCUCUUCAAACCCAUCCACCGUCGAGGACAACACCCCCGUCGCCAGUAGCUCAAUUGUCCGCAAGCCCGUCGGCGCCACUGUUCCCUCAAUCGGCUUUCAUGAUAUUGCCGGAUUGGGCCACCGUCGCGCUGGCAAGUUGGGUCUUGGGGACCGUGUGCUCAUGACGACAUUCCCGUGCGAGAUUAUCAGUGUCUCAUUGGUCAGGAGAUCGUCAUUGUCCGUGGCGUUGAUCUUUUCGGCGGUCAGACGUACCAGAAAAAUCGACUGCCUUGAUGAACAUCUCAAAGCGGGAAUGCUCAACGCUCUCCGACUCAUGAAGACUGUCAUCGUGUAUGUUAUCCAUACCAUGGGCAAGACUAAAGUGCACGCCUUUGAGUCUGUAUAA